ACUGUGGUGAUUGGGCAGUGGGGAUUCCCUAUGCAGAUAAGGAGGAGGAGCCUGUGAUGGUUAAGGUCAGUUGGAAUGCAACUGUUACUGGUCGGAAGAUGUUCUUGAUUGUAGAGGAGAGGAAUCUAUAUAAAUGUAAAAGGAUAGCGGGCAGGAGUCUGCAAAAAGACAGGUUGUCAGGGAGAAAGGAGCCCCUUCAGGAGAAGGAGAAUGCCGUUGUGUGAAUUAAAUGAGGAAACAAGAUGAACAAAAUCUGUUAACUCAGGGAGGGAGGAAGAGAGAAAAAAACAUGAAGGAAGGGGGAAGAAAGAGUGGGGAAGAGCGAGUGGAGAGGAGAGAGAAAAGAGGAGAGAGAAAGAGAAAAAGAAGGGAGGGAAGUUAGACAGAAGGAAGGGCAAGGGACGGGCCUAAGCCUGUCAGCAGCCUGAAGGGAAUGGACGGUCAUGGCAGUACUAGCAGCAAGGAAGGGCCCAGUCAACCACUGCUGCUGUUUGGGGCUACCGAGGUCAUUGUCAGAGGGAGGCAGGCAGGCAAGGGAUAGGCUCGGGCCUCUCAGCGGCCUGAGGGAAACAAGCAGCCAUGGUGGAGGCAGCAGUGAGGAACGGCCCGGUCAACCACUUCUGCUGCUCCAGGAGGGAGGAGCAGAAGCGGGGUUCAGGUGAGGGUGGGGAGGUCUCUGGGGAUAGGGAGCUGCAGCUUGGCCAAUAGGCGGCAGCAAUGCUGCAGCCGCGAACAAGAAGGGUCAGGGGGAUGGAAGCAACAGGAUGGAGGAGGAGCAGGAGUGCAGCUCAGGUGAGGGUAGGGAGAUCUUUGAGGUGAGGGGAGCAAUCAAGUAGUAACACGCAGAUGCUCUAGAGCGUGCAAGAGUUCCAGCACUAAAGCGGAGAGAAAUAAUGGCAGCAGUCAGGAUGCAGAGGUGGAGGGCCAGCAGGUGAAGCCCCUCCAGCCAGAAGAGGCCACAAAACAGAGAUGCAUAAUGCAAGCGUACCUGCUGUUCCUAGUCCAGUUGGAAGAGGCAUUCUCAUCUGGCCAGCACUGUGUUUCAUCCUUUCCAUCAAGGCCUUUUUGAUCAGAUUCCAUGUGCAUUCUUCAUGCCAUACUGGGAGCUCCAAAGUAGUCAUACACUGAAUAAUAUGAUCCUUCUCUUUGUCACUUAGCAAUCCUUUCACAUAGGACAGGUUUCCCCAUUCAAAGCCACUCACUGCACUAGAGGGGAAAGUACCAUGCUCUUAGAGGAUUGUGUCCAUCAGAUUAGUGGUUGCUUCUAUCUUUGAAAUGAAUCCAGAAUGUCUUCAGGAUUAAGGCACAUCAUACCUCUCAUUCUAAUGGAUGCCCUCAAGACCAAUGGCAACAACCAGCUUACAUAAAACAAGCCAAUACAGGUGCUGCUGCUGCUGUGAGAAGUGGUCAGAAGUUCCUGUAGUGCAAUCAAUGAAACUGCCUGGGGCAGCAGAAAGUCCAGCUGACACUGCACAGCUGGUGAUGGAAACCCAGCCCAAUCAUUCCAUAACAGGGAGUUCCCUUGGACUCUAAUUGCUGGUUUCCACGUGCUAGCCGCAUUGUCCUGCCCCACACGUGGAGAAAGGAGCACAUUCUGCACCUCUGGAAACUGGACUUCAUACAGAUAGCAGAAGUUGCAGUAACUCCUGAGGGCACACUAAACUGGAUCACAAUGCCACAAUUUGCAGCUUCGUAACGUCCCAGGGCAGCUCAAAUCAUCAAUAAAACCAAACCAAAAAAUAACAAAUCCACCAACAAUCUGAAAAAUUCUGGUAAACAAUAGAAAAAUAAAAGUGCAGAGAGAGAGAGAGAGAUUGAGAGAGAGAAAAGCCAAGGAAAGUUAACCCUUCAGUCUGAAAACUUGCCUAAGCUUUGGUUAGGCACAUCAGGUGCUGCUUCUGAUUGUCAUUCACACAAAGCUGUACUACUGACUUCCAGACAGUGUUGUUGAUGGUGCUAGAAAUGAAACAUCAAUGGGCUCCAUAAUUGAGAACCUUCAGAAAGCUAGAGAGAUUGCACAGAAUAACCCUUGUGUUCCUCAAGAGCUACAGCAUUACUUGCAGAAAGCUCUUCAAGCAGCAAGUGGUCUGGACCUUUCCUUGACAUCAGUGGCAUCUGCUAACAGGUUAACGUCAUCUAUGACUUGUCAUCUUAACACCUUGUGCAUUGAAACUAGUAGCAAGACUUAUAAAAAACAAUUCUCAAGUGAUCCAGAAGGGCAACUUUACAGGAUGUUGGUGCGUAUGAUUGGAGCCAAGAGGAUUUUAGCAAUAGGAAUGCUAAAAGUUUCUUCCCUUUUUGCUAUGGCCGAAAUGGUGCCGGAUGAUAACACCAUAACUAUAUGUGCUACAGAGUCGUAUUUUGAAAAACUGAGCAAGGAAGCAUCUGAUUAUUCAUCUUAUUGCAACAAAAUAAGUAAAAAUAUAGGACCCAUAGCACAAUCCUUGAAGUCUUUGACCAAUAUAGAAAAGAACAGAUUCAAACAGAUACAACUAGAUUUGCAUGAUAAGGAGUUAGCAGCCAAGGGGGAAGAUUUUGAUAUUGUCUUUAUUGAUGCUGAUCAAAGGAACCCUGCAGACUACUACCACUCUGUCAUGGAGAACCAUUUGCUAAGGAUGGAUGGGGUGCUCUGUGUGGAAAACGCUCUUGUGAAAGGACAUGCCUACCUAGAGAAUACAACAGAUGAAAAUGUAUUAGAUGUCAAAAAACUGAAUCAAGUAAUUAAUUCAGAUCCUCGUACAGAACAGGUUGUCCUACCUGUUCAAGGUGGUUUGAUUCUUCUCCAAAGGAGUCAGACAUUUAUUGGUGAUGAAGAGAUCUUUCCACAGGGUGUCGUGAAAGACGAUGUCUUUUGGGGCUACGGUAGACGACGUAUCCUUGACCGCAUGCAACUUAAUGGCAAAGUUGCAUAUGUAACUGGUGGAGGCCAGGGGAUCGGGAGAGCCUUUUGCCAUGCAUUGGGGGAAGCAGGUGCUAAGGUUGCUAUUGUGGACCUAGUGCUUGCAAAGGCAGAAGCAGUAGCAUCGGAACUGAACCUGAAAGGGAUAAAAAGCAUUGCUAUAGCAGCGGAUAUAAGCAAACCAGAAGAUGUGCAAAAGAUGCUGGAUACAAUCGUGGCUAAGUGGGGCACAGUCCAUAUUGCAUGCAACAAUGCAGGGAUCAACAUGAAUUCCCCAAGUGAAGCCACCUCUCUGGAAGAAUGGGACAAAACAUUUAAUGUGAAUUUACGAGGGUUGUUUUUGUGUUGCCAAGCUGCAGGCCGCAUUAUGCUGAAUCAAGGAUAUGGGAAGAUAAUUAACACAGCAUCUAUGGCAAGUUUAAUAGUUCCCCACCCGCAGAAGCAAUUAGCGUACAAUGCUUCGAAAGCCGGGGUUGUAAAGCUAACUCAGACGUUGGGGACAGAAUGGAUUGAUAGAGGGGUGAGAGUGAAUUGCAUUUCUCCGGGGAUUGUAGAUACAUCACUUAUCCAGUCUGAAGAUCUGAAACCUCUUGUGCAGCAAUGGCUAACAGGUAUUCCGGCUGGAAAGCUGGCUCGAGUAACAGACUUGCAAGCUGCCGUCGUAUACUUGGCAUCUGAAGCUUCUGAUUAUGUGACUGGCCACAAUUUAGCCAUUGAGGGAGGGCAAAGCUUGUGGUAGAAAGAAAAUGGGAAUGUUGCUUCAAUGCAGCACUGAAAAAGAACAAAUGGCAAACUCACAUGAAAGAGUAGACUCCCUCGACACAUCCAAAUCGUGUACAAGCUAGUGCUGUUCAUUUGUUCCCAUGAAAUGUAUAUGGAUAGUGCGUGUGUGGGCAAUGCCUAACUUGUCCUUUUAAUUUCAAUGGGACUGCUUUGAGCAAUUUUCUUUAUCAUGUCAGCCAAAGGAUGAUGUUAGGGUAAUAAUUCUGUUUAACUCAUUCCAUAGCUCUUGUUGCACAAAACAAGCACUGUGUACUUCAAAAACAGAUUUAGACUGUGGUACUAGACAAACUGCUUUCUCUGUAGACACAUUGAUUUCAGUGGAGGAAAACAGAUUGUGGGUUGUCAUUAUCUGAAUCUUAGAACAUAAUAUAGCAGUUUGAACAUUGUGAAACAUAAUGUAGUCCUUUGAGCAUUCUAGUAUUUGCUAAAUUACUGCUUCAAGAAAUCAAGAGAGAUUUAUUGAUACUUACAUUGUGGCUAUAGUGUCAAGUACAAAAUAAAACAAAUGGACGAUAAUUCUAAAGCUAUAUUGUAUACUUGCUCACCUCAAGUAGUUUGUGUCUUGUGUAAGUAAACUGAGGAUUGACAAGUCAGCUGGUCUAUGCUGUAUACGCUUUUUCUUAGUUUUGAAAUUCAGAUUAUUUCAGCAAUUGCCAUAAAGGGUGUUAAAAUUAUAUUCUGCCAUUACAAAAUAAAAAAUAAAUUUAU